AUGGCCGUCAUCGACCCUGUCGCACCGCAGGGCAACCCAAGACUGGCCCGCCGCGAUCCCGACAUCGUGGGCGAGAGCAGCAAGGCCGGCAUGGGCCUCGACUCGGCGGCCAUGCAGAGGCGAGCGCCAUCGCGCGGCCAAGCCCAGCACAAGCAGCCGGAGAUCCGCUUGCCAAGGCCUGGACCCGCACCGGCACCUGCCCCCGCACCCGCCCCAGCACCACAGCCCACGCAGCCACCCACGAGACGGUCAGCCGACGAUCCUGAGCUCAUCCGGCUCGAUCGGCGGGAGUUUGCCGAUCUGAUGGAGCGCGGGGAUGUAGCAGGCGGACGCAUCGUCGGGCCCUUCUACCCGCGCGAUGCCGACGAGCUUGCCGAGCUCAAGCGGCGUGUGGCCGAGAAGCGGCGACGCGGCGACUUCAGGUCGGGACACGCGAUAGGUGUCGGAGGCGACGGCUUCGACGGCCUGGCGCGGCGAUCGGUCCAGGACCUUGACGGCGACCUCCUCGCAAGAAGAACGCCAACAGAAGACGAAGAGAAAGAAGCGCUCCUCGGCUGGGAGCUGGCACGGAGGGAUGACUACGAGCGCACCGAGUGGGAGAAGCGCCAGACGGCGGCCGAGGAGCAGUGCUUUGUCGGCAACGAGGACUUGAGCUGCUAUCCGACCGCGGGCACGCAGGUCGUUCAGGGCCGUUGGAGCAGGUUUAUCUGGAACUCGAACUUUCCGCUGUUCGCGCAGGCCGGCUUCGUCGACGUCUACCUCUUUCAGCAGGACACCGACAACAUUGUCACGUCCUGGACCUCGCAGGACAACGGCGCCGGGCGGCUGUCGUUCCGGCCAAACGACUCGUGGUGGCAGACCAAGGCCGCGGCCGCCAACAUCCAGCCCAACCAGAACAUCAGCUGGCCGUUUUACUUUGUCGUCCUGCCCUCGGGCGCUUCGUUGACGGGCACGACGAGCCGCCUGGCCACCUGGACCGCGAUCCAGACGGCGCUUCCGGCCGCCAUCGCCGCCUCGCGGUCGGCUGCCAGCGCGUCGGCUUCGGCCGCCUCGGCCGCGUCGGCCUCUUCUGCCUCUGCGGCGGCGGCCGCGGCGACCGGGUCCUCUUCCGGCGCCACCGCGACUCCGACCGACUCGCGCGCCAUCCAGUCGGCCGUCCAGUCCAGCCUCAGCGCCGCGCUCGAGUCUUCGCUGCGCGCGUCGGGCCUCUCUGGCACCGAGACGCUGGCCGGCACCACGACGGCGACGCUGCCCAACGGCUCGCUCGUCACCGCCACCGCCACAGCGCAGGCCAACGGGCGCUCGCUUGGCGGCAACGACAAUGGCAACGGCCUCGCGCUGCCGACGUACGCCAUCGUCCUGAUCGCCGUGCUGGGAUUCCUGGCGCUUGUCGCCGCCAUCGCCGGCGCCUACUUCAUCAUGGCCGCGCUCCGUAAGCGACGCCAGGCGCAGAGCCAGCGCGGCAGUUACGGCAGUGGUAGCCCGAUGAUGGCGGCCGCGGCCGGAUCGCUGGCGGGCGUCAGCACGACGGACGGCGGGCACGCUGGCGAAUCGUCGCACAUGCUCGACGAAGGGCACGGAGCUGGUGCGGCCGGACUUGGAGCCGGGCUGGCGGCCGGCGCCGGUGCAGGCUACGCAGCUGGCGGCGCUGGGCGGUCGCGCUCGCUGCAGUCCGAGGACAGCCACCUCUUCACCUCGGACGAGGCGACGCGGAUGGCCGAUGCCUUCCGCAACGCGCUGCGCCGGCCCGAGUUUGCGCCGGCCGGCUUCGGCGACGGCAGCGGCGAGGCUAGCGGUGACAGUCCUAUGGAAGACACGCCCGAAAACGGCGCGGGCAGCCGCGUCUCUGCGCUUCUGCGCGAGGAGCUGGCCGCCGAGGGCAAGGACCUGCAGAGCGUCGGCGACCGCAAGAAGGCCACCUGGCACGAGGACUGA